CAAUAUUGCAUACUGCGGCUCAACAAUCAUUGCAUCAACAACUAUAUCUCUUAGCACCGACGACGUAAAAGUUCAAUAGCUAGCUGCCAUGGAAGACCAGUUCCAGCACCGUCCUUAUGUUGUGGUUUUCCCUAUGAUGGCACAAGGCCACAUGAACCCCAUGAUAGACCUGGCUAUGAUCCUCGCUAGCCAUAGUUGCAAAGUCACCAUCCUUACGACACUCCUGAACUCCUUCAGGUAUCACUCGGUGACAGAAUGGUCGAGAUCCCAGGGACUCGAACUGAGGGUAGUCCACCUACCAUUUCCUGCCACACAAAUGGGAUUGCCGGAAGACUGUGAAAACCUCGACUCCACUACCAAUCCUGACAUGUUGUGGAAGUUCGUCUUAGGCAUCAAGAUCCUUCAGCAACCAUUUGAAGAGUUUGUGAGGAAGGAGCCACCCAACUGUAUCAUCUCGGACACUCUCUUCCCCUGGACUACGCAAACAGCAGAGAAGCUCAAGAUACCAAGGUACGUCUUUCACUCGACCAAUUCUUUCUUCUAUUGUGUCAUUGCAGGCAUGAGAUCCCACGACUCCGAUGAAGAAGAGUUUGCGGUCCCUGGUUUGCCUCAUGAAGUGAGGAUGAGGCGAACCUUACUAUCAGUUCCUUAUGAGGAUGAGAGCCUGCUCUUGGGCAUGGAUGCUCUUCAUAAAGAAAUGAGAAUGUCUGACAAGACCAGCGCAGGAGUCAUCUUCAAUACUUCAUACGAGAUCGAGUCCGCCUAUGUCGAGCUAUUCAAGUCGAUGAGAGGUUGCCAACAGCUCUGGACCGUUGGCCCUCUGUCGCUAAUCAGCCAUCCGAAGGGGAGGAGCAGGCAAGAGAAGCAGGGGAAGGAGCAGUCCCCCAUUGACGAGGAUCAAUGCUUGAGAUGGUUGGACUCAAAGGAACCAAGGUCUGUGAUGUAUGUCUGCUUUGGAAGCAUUGCUUCCCUUUCUGGCGCGCAGCUCAUGGAAGUUGGACAGGGGCUUGAGUCCUCACAGCACCCUUUCAUAUGGGUAAUCAGAGGAGCAGUGGAAGAGGGGUUUCUGCAAGAAUUGCAGGAGAGGGUGAAGGAGAGAGGGUUGGUCAUCAAAGGAUGGGCUCCCCAACUGCAAAUACUAUCACACCAGGCAGUAGGUGGAUUCAUGACACACUGUGGAUGGAAUUCCUUGUUGGAAGGUAUAAGUGCAGGCCUGCCAUUAUUAACAUGGCCCAUGUUUGGUGACCAGCACAUCAAUGAGAGGCUGGUGGUGGAUGUCCUUGGGGUUGCCCUUUCUGUCGGUAACCAGAAGCUCAUGGGGCUCGAUGAAGAACAGAAGACCGAAGAAUUGGUGAGACGCGAGCAAAUAGAGAGGGCAGUGACUGCGGUUUUCGGUAAUGAGCAUCAAGCAAGAGAAAUGAGAAGGAAAGCCGCAGUGCUUAGUGAAACGGUGCGCAAGUCUGUUGAAGCUGGAGGCUCCUCUGCUCUCAACCUGAAUGUCCUGUUGAAGAAUGUUGGCUGUCAUGUUUAGUAAGAAUUAGCCUGCAGGGAAGGUCACUCGUGCCAUUGGAAUUAGGGCUACUCUCUCGCCAGCCGAUCUAGCUAUGUGUCGUUCAAAUUACGUUAAAAUAAUGACCUAGACACUCGUGAUUCGUGAACGCUUCUUGCGGGCAAUUGCCCACGCAUAUCGUACACCUGCCUCAUUGCCUAUCAGUGAACUGGGGUUUGUCAUUUGUUACUGCCAUCCCUCGUCGACGAAGAGACUGCCGGUAAAUGAAGGCGAUCUUUCGUUGGAGCUUUCAUUUCCUUCUAUUUGUAGAAAUCAUGUGGACAAAAUGUCAAGGAGAUUCAACAUUCAGGUCCUUUUGCAAUGGAAUUCCGGUUCAUUAUCGUCAACGGCGUAGGACUAGUUCCGCUUUCUGAACAAAACGAAGGAUUCGUCUGCUACUUUUUCUGAUAUAGGCUACAUCAUGGAUGCAUUGUGUGGGUGUGUGACUGGCUCUAUUGUAGUGCACUUGAGCCCGGGAACGAAUCGUAUGUGUGUGGGUUGCCUCUUUACUUUCUUCCCGUUGGUUAGUUUAUUGAUUGACCUGCAGUAGUUGAAAUUCGAAUUGCUGUUCUAGUCUUGUUGGAUGUGCAGUAGUCUAAUUAAGUUAUUUUUUCUUUCAAGUUUAGGUUGAGUGUUAGAAUGCCCAACGUAAAGAGCCGGAUCUGUGUAUGUUCAUUGACUGAACUCUACCCAGUGAAAACAAGAACUUGGAUGAAGUUUA